UGGAGUCUCCCUCUGCUCUGAAGUUCACUCCGCCCCCGCCUGCUUCAGGCUGGCGGCGCUGUGCAGCUCUCCUCCUCUCCUCCUCUCAUCUGCCUCUCCAAAUUCAGCGCGCUCCACUUCUCCUCUCCUCUCUAGCCGUGUGCCUGCGUACAGACGGACCUACCGACCGCGUAAAUACGCUUUUAUCUCUCAAUAGACGGACAAUAAGGACACAGAUGUCACCACUAUUCACUUUAGGAGCGUUUCCGCACUGAACUGAAUUACCGGUACAUUCAUCACGCCUUCGUUUUCUCACCAUUUUAAAUGAAAAAAAUGACAUUGGCGUGGAAUUGUGGUGGACGGUUUUACUUGAAAGUGUGGACGUGCUUUUUCAGCCUUGCAGUGCUCAGGACUCUCUCUAUACCUGCUAAUGAAGUAAACUUACUGGACUCUCGCUCUGUCAUGGGGGACCUUGGGUGGAUCGCCUACCCAAAGAAUGGGUGGGAGGAGAUAGGUGAGGUAGAUGAGAACUAUGCUCCGAUCCACACGUACCAGGUGUGUAAAGUGAUGGAACACAACCAGAACAAUUGGCUCCAGACCAACCUCAUCCUCAACGAGGGGGCUCAGAGGGUGUUCGUGGAGCUACAGUUCACCCUGAGGGACUGUAACAGCCUUCCGGGUGGCGUGGGUACCUGCAAGGAGACCUUCAACAUGUACUACUAUGAGUCUAACGAUGAGGAGGGGAGGAACCUCAGGGAGAGCCAGUACUCUAAGGUAGACACCAUCGCUGCUGACGAGAGCUUUACGGAGUUAGACCUGGGAGACAGAGUGAUGAAGCUGAAUACAGAGGUUAGGGAUCUGGGACCAUUGACGAAGAAGGGGUUCUACCUGGCGUUUCAAGACCUGGGAGCCUGUAUAGCGCUGGUUUCUGUCAGGGUGUUCUAUAAGAAGUGUCCCUUCAUAGUGAGGAACCUAGCUCAGUUCCAGGACACUAUUACAGGUUCGGACUCCUCCCAGCUGCUGGAGGUGGCAGGAAACUGUGUCAACAACUCGGUGGCAGAGGACCUACCUAGGAUGCACUGCAGCGCAGAGGGGGAGUGGCUAGUGCCCAUCGGGAAGUGUGUGUGCCAGGCGGGGUUUGAGGAAGUGAAUGACAGUUGUCAAGUCUGCAGAGCGGGAUUCUUCCGAUCGGUGCUGCAGACCCCUGCCUGCAGUAAAUGUCCUCCUCACAGCUUCACCAGAGUCCAGGGUUCCGUAGGUUGUACCUGUGAGGAAGGAUACUAUAGGAGAGACAGUGACCCGCCCAACAUGGCCUGUACACGACCACCUUCUGCUCCUCGUAAUGCCAUUUCCAAUGUAAACGAGACGUCGGUCUUCCUGGAAUGGGCGGUUCCCGAGGAGACUGGCGGCAGGAAGGAUGUCAGCUAUAACAUCCUGUGUCGUAAGAUCAGCGUUGACAGCAGACACUAUGAGGAGUGUGAGAGCACGGUGCGGUUCCUGCCCCAACGCAACAGUCUCAGGAACAACUCUGUGAUGGUGGCAGACCUUCUGGCUCACACUAACUACACGUUCGAGGUGGAGGCCGUUAAUGGAGUGUCUGAGCUCACCAACCCCGGACGACAGUUUGUCUCUCUCAACGUCACCACCAACCAGGCAGCCCCGUCUCCUGUGAGUGUGGUGCGGAAAGGGAAUUCUGGGAAGAACAGUAUCUCUGUGUCGUGGCAGGAGCCAGACAGACCCAACGGGAUAAUCCUGGAGUACGAGAUCAAAUACUUUGAGAAGGACCAGGAAACCAGCUACACCAUCAUCAAGUGCAAGGAAACAGAAAUCGUAGCAGACGGGCUGAAGCCAUCAUCAGUCUACAUAUUCCAGAUCAGAGCCAGAACAUCAGCCGGGUACGGAGGAUUCAGCCGACGCUUCGAGUUUGAGACCAGCCCCUACUUAGCUGCAUCCAGUGACCGGUCUCAGUUCCCCAUCGUCGCUGUGGUCAUCACUGUAGGGGUUAUUCUACUGGCCCUGGUGACUGGCUUACUGCUUAGUGGAAGGCGGUGUGGCUACAGCAAGGCCAAGCAGGAACCUGAUGAAGAGAAGAUACACUUCCACAACGGCCACAUUAUGUACCCGGGGGUGCGUACGUAUAUAGACCCCCACACCUACGAGGACCCCAACCAGGCCGUCCAUGAGUUCGCCAAGGAGAUCGAUGUUUCCUGCAUCACCAUUGAGAGAGUCAUUGGAGCUGGUGAGUUCGGGGAGGUGUGCAGCGGACCCCUCCGUCUGCCUGGUAAGAAGGAGUUCCCAGUAGCCAUUAAGACCCUGAAGGCAGGUUACACAGAACGACAAAGGCGGGACUUCCUAGGGGAGGCGUCCAUAAUGGGACAGUUUGAUCAUCCAAACAUCAUUCACCUGGAAGGCGUGGUCACCAAGACAAAACCUGUGAUGAUCAUCACGGAGUACAUGGAGAAUGGAUCACUGGACACCUUCCUCAAGAAGAACGAUGGCCAGUUCACAGUGAUCCAGCUGGUUGGGAUGCUGCGUGGUAUGGCAUCAGGCAUGCGCUACCUGUGUGACAUUGGAUACGUGCACCGGGACCUGGCGGCGCGUAACAUCCUGGUCAACAGCAACCUGGUGUGUAAGGUGUCUGACUUUGGCCUGUCCAGAGUCCUGGAGGAUGAUGCUGAGGCUGCCUAUACGACCAGGGGCGGUAAAAUCCCUAUCCGCUGGACAGCUCCAGAAGCAAUAGCAUUCAGGAAGUUCACCUCCGCCUCUGACGUGUGGAGUUACGGCAUCGCCAUGUGGGAAGUGAUGUCAUACGGAGAGAGACCCUACUGGGAGAUGAGUAACCAGGAUGUUAUUAAGGCAGUUGAGGAGAGCUACCGUCUUCCAGGCCCUAUGGACUGUCCUGUAGUUCUGUACCACCUGAUGAUGGCCUGCUGGCAGAAGGACAGGAACAGCAGACCCAAGUUUGAGGAGAUCGUCUGCCUGCUAGACAAACUGAUACGCAACCCCAGCAGUCUCAAAGCCCUGGUCAACUCAUCACACAGGGUGUCUAAUCUAGUGGAGCCUGGCAGUGUGGACUCGGAGGGCAGCGUGUCUGCGUCAGUAGCCCUGAUGGAGGCCAGUGGGUACCAGUCUAUAGAGGAGUGGCUGAAGGGGAUUAAGAUGGGUCGCUACGUGGAGCUUUUCGUGGACAGUGGAUACACCUCAGUGGAAGUGGUCUCCCACAUGACCCUGGAUGACCUGAGGAGGGUUGGGGUGAACCUGGCUGGACAUCAGAAGAAGAUAAUCAACAGCAUCCAGGAGAUGAGAGUUAGCCUGGUGAAUAGUACUAUACCCAUCUGACAUCUAACCCCUUACCCUACAGCCAGAUGUACAGUAUGGGCACUGCAGAACCAAUCUGACCUUUGAACCUAGGGUCAGACAUGAUGAACUUUACAGGACCAAUCUGACCACUGAUAGAGGCCAGAUGUAUGACCUUUACAGGACCAAUCUGACCCUACUCCCAACAGGCAGACAGAUAGACAUAUGGAUCUAGUGGUCUAGAACCUUCUAUGAACAUAUGAACAUGAUGUAUUUAUUGACGGAAACAAACUGAAACACAACGGGAUGUGACUUGAUGAACUGAGGAACACUGAAGAGCGCUUGGUGUUGAACAGUUGUGUCUUUGUGACCUGAACCCCUCUACUGGGUGGAGUGAGAGGAGCAGACUCUGUGUAGUUAAGUACUCUCAGGGAUGGAAGUCACUGGCCAGCCGGGCAAGUAAACAGUGAAUUAUACAAGCCCGGGUAAAAUUCGGUUCCAAAACCUGUGCCAUGAAAUGUGUUAAAAGACCAUCUUGUUUGGCACAUUUUCUCCUAGUCCAGUCUGAAGAGCGCUAGCUGAGUACUCUUCCUGAGUACUCUUCCUGGAUGGGACUCAGACAGGGGAGUCAGUCUCUUGGCUGAAUGUAUGGCACUUCAGAAACCCCAGCAGCUACACACACAGUCUAUUACCUCUAGACAGCCAACCCACAUUACUUCAACAUCAUCAACAGUAAUACAGAGGAUCACUUUCAGCACUUUUACGGAACCCACAGAUGUCCUACGGAACCCACAGAUGUCCUACUGAACCCACAGAUGUCCUACUGAACCCACAGAUGUCCUACUGAACCCACAGAUGUCCUACAGAACCCACAGAUGUCCUACAGAACCCACAGAUGUCCUACAGAACCCACAGAUAUCCUACAGAACCCACAGAUAUCCUACAGAACCCACAGAUGUCCUACAGAACCCACAGAUGUCCUACAGAACCCACAGAUGUCCUACUGACAUCCUGCAGUAUCUACAAACAUCCUUAAGAACUUUCAGACAAACUACGGAACCAGCUGCACUCCAACAGAUAAACGGCUGUUUCAACGUAAUCAGACAGAAUUGUACAGAACUUCCAGGGUUCCAUAGCUCCACAUGCAUCCAAUAGAGAGACUGCAACAUGUUCUAUUCAUCAGAACCUUCAGACAACCAACAGAACCUCCAGGAACCUACCAGAACAUCCAUACUUCCAACAGAACUUCCAACAGAACCUUUAAAUGGAACUCUCAGCAAUCCAUACGAAUCUCCAGAACUGUCAUUCAACAGAACAUACCAAUAGAACCAAUCCAGCAGAUUCUACAACAUCUAACAGCACAUUCUAUUGAUUCGCUAGUUGGUUAUCUAUAAGACUCUCCUCUGAACAUCAAGGUUCAUCACACCCCCUCCAUUUAUCCACUACCAUACAGAGAUCGGACUGUGUUUAUGCAGUAAGACUGGUUUCAUACGAAUAUGUAUUAUUUUGGUGGGGAACUCCUGAGUAUAAAGAAGCAAUAUAGACUUUUAGCUUGGUAUUAGUAAUUUAUUUGUAAAUGUUAUUCUAUACAAGCAUUUGUAUAUGUGUAGUAUUUCUUCAUGACUACACAACCCUGGCCAUGACCCCACUCUCCGAUGGUGUCUCAGGGGGAGUGGGAUAUGCAAAAACACAUUUCCAAUUCACAC